AAUGCAACCUGGAGAACCCGCCACCCGCUCUCUCACAUUCUAUGAACCGCAAUCUCUUUGUUCUUCAGCAUUGACCACCCGUUUUAACAGAAAUGGCUACAGCCAUGGCGGCUAUACACCCACCAAAAGUAACCGCCGGACACAGCCCAUCAUCACCUCUCAAUGAGUUAACCUCCAGUUUUAGCCUCGGGUCGCCAUUAAAGGGCAUCUCUUUACAGAUGCAACCGAGGAGAGGCAGAGGGAGACGUGCUGUUAGCUUGGAAGUAACCUCCGCCGCUUCCGGAAACUCGGCGUCCAAGAGUGGCGGCGGCGGUGGGAGGCUCUAUGUCAAUUUCACUGGAUUCCCUUUCCCUCUCGGCCCUUUCCUCAACCGCCGCACCAUCCGGACUGUGG